AUGAGUACUUCUCGGUCACUCCUGGGCAAUCUCAGUGCUGCUACACUACGACAUCGACGAACAUGUAUCCAACAAUAUCAACCGCUUGCACAGGUCCAGAAGGCGCGGUCGCUGUAUCUGUGGAAUCCACCUCAGUUUGAGAACGAGCGCGUUAAAACAUAUGCUAAAGGUUCGCCUGAGCGGGCAGAGAUCACUCAAGCUCUCAAGGACCUUAAGGCGACCUUUCCAGUCAAGAUCCCAAUCAAAGCCAAUGGUGUGAUGAUUAACGAGACAUUUUCAACCGCCCAGGAGAACCCUUCUUCAUUCCGCGAGAUCGUCGCAGAAUAUGCUGCCGCGUCGCCCGCGGACGUCAACAAAUGUAUUGAUGCGGCAUUGAAGGCGAAGCCGGCAUGGGAAGCCAUGCCGUUUGAAGAUCGGGCCGCGAUAUUCUUGCGUGCUUGUGAGCUCAUCACAGGCAAAUACCGGGCGACGAUCAAUGCCGCCACCAUGCUCGGCCAGGGCAAAAACGUCUUCCAGGCUGAGAUCGAUGCUGCCUGCGAGACGGUCGAUUUCUUCCGCUAUUAUAUUCAACAGGCGUGGAAGUUAUUCGCCCAGCAGCCCACCAUUCAUACGCCUGGGACGUGGAACAAGCUGGAAUAUCGAGCGCUUGAGGGUUUCGUGUAUGCGAUUGCCCCCUUCAACUUCACCGCUCUAGCGGCCACUUUGGUCGGCCCAGUUGCACUACUGGGAAACGUCGUUGUCUGGAAACCUUCGCCAUCUGCACUACAUUCAGCCUGGGUUCUGCAUAAGAUCCUCAUUGAAGCGGGCCUACCUGAAGACGUGAUACAGUUUGUACCAGGCGACGCUGCACAAAUCACCGAUACAGUGCUUGCUAGACCUGAAUUCUCAGGGCUAUCGUACAUAGGCUCGACCGCCGUCUUCAGAGAACUCUUAGGAAAGGUCGGAAAGGCCACAGCAGCGGGGACAUUUAACUCGUACCCCCGAGUCGUUGGAGAAACAGGUGGGAAAAACUUCCAUCUGGUUCACUCAUCAGCAGAUGUCAAAAAUGCAGCACUCAACACAAUCCGAGCCGCUUUCGAGUAUCAGGGACAAAAAUGUUCAGCCUGUAGUCGUGUGUACGUCGCAGAAACCGCCUGGCCCGAGUUCAAGAACGCCUUGGUUGAGGAGACGUCGAAACUAAAGGUUGGACAGCCAGAGCAGUUCGAAAACUUUGUCAACCCGGUCAUCCACAGGCGAGCAUUCGACAGACUCUCAGACGUGAUUGAGCGAAUGAAAUCCGACUCAGAAGUUGAAUUGUUGGUUGGCGGCAAAGUAGACGACUCUGAGGGCUACUUUGUCCACCCAACGAUUUACCGCACCACGAAUCCAAAACACGAGCUUAUGACGCGAGAGCUAUUCGGCCCCCUCUUCUCCAUCUAUGUAUACGCAGACGACAAAUAUGCAGAAAUCCUCGAAAUGGUCAAUUCGACAUCGACGUAUGCCUUGACCGGAUCGAUCUUCGCUCGCGACCAGAUUGCCAGCAGGCAAGCUCAAGAUGCCCUGCGUCACUCUGCAGGGAUGCUAUAUUUGAAUACCAAGUGUACUGGCAGUGUCGUGGCACAGCAGCCCUUCGGAGGCAGCAGAGAUAGCGGGACGAACGACAAGUCAGGCACAGCAGCCUUGCUCAGUCGCUUUGUCAGUGUAAGAACCAUUAAGGAGGAGUUCGGGACGAUUAAUGAGGUGGUUUAUCCCAGUAACGAGGUCUAG